AUAGCCCUCGGCCCCUUGAACAUCACCACAGAAGUCCCUCCGUCCGGGAAACAUUGAGGAAUUCCUCGGAAGAGUUUUGGGGAUUUCUGCCGGUUUGAUUUUGUUUUGUGAAAAAAAUGUUGUGAAGGAUUUUUGGAGGAGUUUGUGGGAAUUCCGGCGGAGGGAGGGACGAACACGUGUGCUUCUCUUCCGAGUCCUCAUGCCAACCGGCAGACGCUACGCGGUGCUACACUGUCUGGUGUCAACAACCUCAAGCAUCACCUAAAGGUCACCACCGCCGAAAGGAAUGCCUCACCUGUAACCAUGAACUUCGACAAUACGUCAACUUUCCUAGACCACCACAACAUCACCAAUGAUACCUGCGGUGCAACAGUUCCAAUCGUCGGAAUCGUCAAUCAAGUUCUCUAUUCAAUUGUCUGCAUCGUUGGACUUCUUGGCAACACUCUGGUCAUCUAUGUUGUCCUUCGGUUCUCGAAAAUGCAGACUGUCACGAAUAUGUACAUAGUGAACCUGGCGAUAGCAGAUGAAUGUUUCCUCAUUGGAAUACCGUUUCUGGUGACGACGAUGAGCUUGGGAUACUGGCCCUUCGGAAAGAUCAUGUGCAAGGCGUACAUGACAACGACUUCGAUAAACCAAUUUACAAGCAGCAUAUUUUUGUUUAUCAUGUCAGCUGAUCGUUACAUAGCCGUUUGCCAUCCCAUAUCAUCGCCGAAGAUGCGAACGCCGUUCAUAUCCAAGAUAGUGUCGUUGAGUGCAUGGGCAACAUCAGCACUCUUCAUGGUUCCGGUGUUUCUGUAUGCAAAUACAGGAGAGAGCCAGAAUGGAAUGAGUUGUAAUAUCUUUUGGCCGGAUGAUCAUGGUGGUCAGACGACGUUUACUCUGUACUCAUUCGUCCUGGGAUUUGCGAUACCCUUGACCCUGAUACUGAUCUUCUACUUCUUGGUCAUCAGAAAACUGCAGACAGUCGGACCGAAGAACAAAUCGAAGGAGAAGAAGCGAUCGCAUCGGAAGGUGACCAAGUUGGUGUUGACUGUCAUCACGGUUUAUGUUCUCUGUUGGCUGCCAUACUGGAUCACUCAGGUUGCGCUGAUCUACACACCUCCCAAACAGUGUCAAUCGCGGAUUGGGAUCACAGCUUUCCUUCUUGCGGGGUUUUUAAGCUACUCUAACAGCGCAAUGAAUCCGAUAUUGUACGCUUUCCUCAGUGACAAUUUCAAAAAGAGCUUUCUCAAGGCUUGCACCUGCGCGGCUGGCAAGGAUGUCAAUGCAACACUUCAUAUUGAGAACAGUGUUUUUCCAAAGAAGGGUAAAGCGAGCGCUGAGAGACUGCAGUCCAAUAAAAUGGUUACCUCGGGAACAUCCAGAGGUGAAAUCGAGGAUGAGGAGGGAGAGAGGGGACUUCUGAUCAGUAAAACAUCUACCACUACCAUCACCAUGACAUCUAGGUCAAAUAUUACGAUUACGAGUGAUAAUAAGGAGAAGGAGAGUGCCAAGAAUGGCAACCAGGGAACAUUGUUGACGCAGGUCUAGGGCAUAUCAGGGAAUCUACGUUUCGUCAUUCUUUGAGGGAUCAUUGGAGAUGAGAAAAACGUCAAAGUGUAAAUAUGAACAAGGAAUCAGUUCGGCUCAGAAAAAUCUACGUUUCAUGCUGAACGGAUUUCCUUAUCUAUCAUCCCUAAUGCGAAUGUCUCGUGUUUCAGAAAAUGUUCGCUUCGAAGCUCCGGGUGAUCUUCAUGAAUAAUGUAUCAGAUGCAAUCAAAUUUGAAUAAUGGGAAAUAAUCUCCAUAGGCUAUUCCAAGUAGUUCAUUCAAGAGGACCAAUCGUCUUCAUCAGUGAUCACUUUCACCGUCUCCAGUGCUCGCCUCAGAAAAUUAAUAUAAGUAUCAAAUUGUGGAAUUCUCUCCGAUAUUACUUCCACUGUUGAUAUGACAUUCUGAAUGACAAGUUGACAACGGUCCCCGUCAAUUUAGCAAUGUGCGGAUGAACGAAGUAUUCUAUGGCAUUUUCACACCCUGCGGGCAUACGUCAUCUC